CAUUUUGCCCGGUGCGUCGAUUUUAAACGUCCGGCGGAACCUUUGAACACCGGGUAGCCGUAGUCCACCGGACAUGUUUCACUGACGUACUCGGACACAGACGCGACGUUUGAAAUGGCUGUCACCCUGCACACAGAUCUAGGCGACUUUAAAAUUGAACUGUUUUGUGAGCGCGCCCCGAGAACCUGUGAGAACUUCCUUGCUUUGUGUGCGAGUGGCUUCUACAAUGGUUGCGUCUUUCACCGGAACAUAAAAGGCUUCAUGGUCCAGACUGGAGACCCUACAGGCACAGGUAAAGGAGGAACAAGUAUAUGGGGUCGCAAGUUUGAGGAUGAGUUCAGUGAACACUUAAAACACAAUGUGAGAGGAGUGGUCUCGAUGGCAAACAAUGGCCCCAACACGAACGGAUCCCAGUUUUUCUUCACUUACGCCAAACAGCCUCACCUGGACAUGAAGUACACCGUCUUUGGAAAGAUCAUCGAUGGCCUGGAAUCACUGGAUGAGCUGGAGAAGCUGCCUGUGAAUGAGAAGACGUUCCGACCACUGACCGAAACCCGGAUAAAGGAUGUGACCAUACACGCCAACCCGUUUGCUGGAUAAGCGCCUCUCAAGUUCAGAUAUGCAGAUCGGCCUUUAACUCAGACACAGACCUGGGUGUUUCCAACAAGUCAUUUGAAACAGUGUGUGUUUCCUACCCAGAGUUAAAUGGAUAACUCGUCAGAAGCUGGAAAGAUGUUAAAACAAAGGACUUGAUACUGACUGAGGGUUUAUUUUUAAAUGCAUCAACCUAGUUUGUGGUGUCAGUCAAUCUGGUGUGAAUGCUCCCGUUUUUAUGAUUAGUGAUUUUAAGAAAUGUCCAUUAACCCACGUUGAUGUGACGGAGGGUUUAUAGUGAAGAAUAAAAACAUAUUCCUCGCCUUAAAAAAGUUAAACACAAAGGAAACAGGCCCGACAUUGUCCAACACUGCUGCAAAUUGUUCUGGUUAGAUCAUGUAAAUAAAUUUCUUUUGUUUUGUACUAAAUAAAAGUUUUUUUAUGUAAUAAA